AUGUUCCUCGCGACAAGAAUACGGCCACUGGCGAGAACGAUACCCAGGACGGUACUAGGAGUACAGAGGCCAGUAUGGGCAACAGCAGCAGCACGCGGUUUCCAGGCGUCUGCGCAUCGUUUCAACACGACUGGUCAAGACACCAACUCAACUGCCACAACCGCCGCGUCGUCGUCGUCGGAGGCGGAGAAGGAGACAACUACAGAAAAGACUGAAGAGAUACCAGAAGAACCAGCAAGCGAGGGAGAGAUCACAGCCAGAGCCUAUGAUUUCCCAUGGCUUUAUAACGGAUCGAGUCAUUUGACAAGGAUCUCACACUACCCUUACGCAAAGGCGCCCAAGGUGUGGGCACUUCUCGGAUGGGUUCCUCAGUCGAUCCAGUACGCGAUCUGUAAAUCUGCAUGCGAACGCAUGCUCCGCAACAACACCUCGCCCGAGUACUUUCCCGAUCAGUUCCUCCAAGGAGCUGGAUUGGCGAUCCACAAGUUGUUACCCCUCCUCUCGACAAACGUAAACAGGGGCGCCCUUGCCGACAUGAUGACACAGGAACUCUACGAUCGCUACGAAUCAGAACUUCGGCGUCAGGAGGAACUUAAAUCGGAUGUGUCAAUUAAACUGGCGUCGGUCCAUGAUGGCAUGAUCAAGGAUGUCUGGGUCCUGCUGGGACCCAAGUUGAAGAGUGGGACGUCAAGGGGGUUCAUCCGGUGGAGGUGGCAGUCUCUCACGGUUGCCCUCCGUGCUGCGACUGAUCAGAUGUCGUCCCGGGAUCAGGUUGCGCAUAUGAUGAUGGAAGGCGUUCAAUUCAAAGUCGACGUUGAGUUUGAUGCGACGAUCGAUUACACGAUCCACUCAAACAUCCUAAACAACGACGUCGUCUCAGACUUUACACGUCGCCCGCUCCUAGUCCGGUUCGAAACACCCUUCUUUGAACCCGCAGAACAGAUGGUAGCCUCUCGAAGCAUGUCACGGCCCCACGAGGCACCUAUUGAUUGGAACUGGCGCGUCUCGGAUAUCGACUACCUGCUGGAACAGGAUUUCAUCGAGAAAAGGAUUAAAGAGGAUAUCCAGGAUGAGGAGCAUGCCCAGCGCGAAAUGGAGACGUAG